CCGCUUGAUAAAGAAGCAAGAAGACCUACACGGCACGGCUCACAUACACAUACACACAUGACGCAAGGAAAAAGAUCCUGCUUCAACGCAACGUUCCCUCCACACGAUACUACAAGACACGGAUGGCAUGCAGUGACCUCCCCUCGUCCGUCAGCAUAGCACAAGCCUCUCAACAGCCACGUACGGCACGGCAAACAGGCAGGCAGGCUGGCGGAGAGCCACCCCGUGUCGAAGUGCCAGGCCAACCAGCUGCCUGUCUGCCUGCCUGCCAGCCACUCUCCCCUCUCACCAACGCAACGUGCCCCGGUGAUGAAGCCAGCCGGCACUCGUAUGUGGCUAGAAACACAUUCACAUGCAGACUGACAGACAGACAGACAGUCACUGCCCCGCCCCUACUAAGGCGCACUCAUGCACACACCCAGGAUACAUAGUCAGUAUGAAAGCCAAGCCACCCCACCCACACACCAUCCAGACGACCGCUCGUUGAUUGGAUUGGCUCAGGUGAAUGAGGGGUAGGGUCGAGCCAGAGGGCGGUAGAAGGGACGCUCACCUGAGAAGCCAACACACACACCAGGCAAGCAGACACGAUGCAUGUCAUGCAUGCGGGUCAUUCCUCACGUCCGUCUGUGUAAGGCCUACCGAGCACUUCGGCGCAUGGGUAAGGUCCGCAUCUGGUCACCCUGCCGAUGUUGCGGCCGAUGUAUCUGUUGGGCUGCUGCAGGCGGCGCCUGCGGCCCUUGCUCGUGUCCUCAGCCACCUCGCGCUCGAAGGGCGCGCUGAAGACCACCUUGCCGUCGGCGUCCGUGAUGGCGUAGCCAUCAAGGUCGACGGUCAGCUUCGAGCCGCCCGACAGGUGCAGCGUCGUGGUGUUGUCGGUGCGGGUGAUGAAGUCGAUGCGAUACAGAUUCUCGGCGUUCUCGCCAACCUGAAGGGAAAUCACCCAGUGCAUCCACCCGGAGGGUUAUGUGCUUGCGGCUGUGUAGGUGUGUGGGUACCGGUAUGAUGACGGUCUCGACUGUCUCGAAGUCGGUGAGAGGGGAGGUCAAGAAGUCCCCCAGGUUGAAGCGGUCGCGGGCCGACCGGGUCCGGAUGGGCACCUGCUUGCCCUUCACCAUCAGAACGUUGGCGUCGUUGACAGAGGUAUCCUUCAUCACUGCACACACGCACACACACACACACACACACACACAAUGAGAGUGCGUUCACAGUGCCUCCUGCAUCACAUGCGUACCUGAGAUGCCGGCAAUGACGAGAAGCAGGACGAUGGCGAGCGUGACGAGGUAGCCGAUGCCCAUGGCGGCAAUCCCGCGCCACAGCUUCCUGUUGGUCUUCUGCUCACUCACCAUCUGCACACAUCACAAAACACACAACACACAACACAAUGUGUCUCAUGCGUGUGGGAGAGAUCUCGCACGUGAUCCCUUCCGCCUGCCCUCCCUCACCUGCUUGGCGGCUCUGGCAACCUCCUCGAGCGAAAACUGACCCGAGCCAUCCGAGUCCCACGACUGUCAGAACGCACGCACACAAGACAGGACGUUGACGACGUUCCUUCGCCCUCCUUCUGUCCUUUCAUGUGCGUGGCGUACCUUGAGGAUGUUGACUAUCCGGUCGGAUUCUCCUCCGCUGCCCACAGCCACCUUGAAGGCUUCAGUACGGGUGCUUGGAGGCUCCACUUUGGCCAUCGUCGCUGGUUGAUGCGACACGUCAGAUGCGAUUGAUUCUAAGUGUUUGAA